GAAGAGCUGAAAUCCUCCUCCGUGGAGAUCUUACGCGUCUCGCAAUAAACUGAAUUGCAUAUUUAAUGUCCCGCUUUACCUUUUGCUCUCCACCUUUCUAGCAUUCUCAAGCCACUAUCCAUGGCCACAACAACAUGUCAUCAGUAUUAUCACAAAAGCUACUUUCAUCUUUCUUUUCACGUAACAUUAUUCACACUCCUGAUAUAUUAUGAUCACCAUGCAGAAGUAGAGGCAGAACCCUUAUCCUUCAACUACCCGGAUUUCAGUAACCCGGGAUACACCUUGACCCUUUCAGGAGAGGCCUAUCAGGACAACGGAGUCCUCCAACUUACCAAGUUCCAUACCAAAGAUAGUCUCGGCAGAGUCGUCUACAGCAAACUACUACAUCUCACAGACUUCACUACCACUUUCUCCUUUUCCACCAACACCCCAAAUAGAUCCUUUUACGGUGAUGGGAUUACCUUCUUUCUUGCAAAGCCAGAUUUCCCACUUCCUGAUCCUAGAGAUGGCAGUGGAAUUGGCCUCAUGAGUCGUGCCCAAGCGGGUAACUCAACCUACACAAACCAACAUCCAUUUGUGGCCGUGGAAUUUGAUACCUUUUCCAAUGACUGGGAUCCUCCGUAUGCCCACGUGGGUGUGGAUGUUGGUUCUUUGCACAGUAUUUGCUCUAGACAAUGGUUCCAGGUUUGGGACGAAAGAGGAUAUGAUGUUGUUAUCACUUACAAGUCUAGCACAAACAAUUUGAGUGUCAACUUCACCGGGUAUAAAGAUAACAUCACAAAAAUUGAACAACACCUGUCUUGUGAUGAAGUUAAUCUGAGGGAAAUCUUAACAACAGAAUGGGUUGAAUUUGGUUUCACUUCAGCAACAGGAUAUGCACCAGGGAAGGAUUUUUCAUACGAGUAUCAUACCCUUAAAUCAUGGUCCUUCAACUCUACGGACUUAGAGGCACAACAUCACAAGGGUAAAAGCAAGAAAGGUCUAAUUAUAGGAGUGACCAUUGGCGGUGUAUGUAUUUUGGGGCUACUAGCUUGUCUUUUCAGUUGGAAACUGAUGAGGAGGAAUAGGAGCUUGGAGAAUGCUGAUGAGGUUGCUAUGGACAGAGAUUUUGAACGACGCACUGGUCCUAGGAGGUUUUCCUAUCAAGAACUUUCUAGAGCAACUAGCAACUUUGCAAACGGACAUAAAAUUGGAGAGGGAGGUUUUGGUGGAGUUUACCGAGGAUUCCUAAGAGACUUGAACAUUCAUGUUGCCAUCAAGAAGGUUUCCCAGGGAUCUCAACAAGGUGUGAGGGAGUAUGCAUCUGAAGUCAAGAUCAUUAGUCAACUGAGGCAUAAGAAUUUGGUUCAACUCAUUGGUUGGUGUCACGAGCAGAAUGAUCUGCUACUGGUUUAUGAGUAUGUCGAAAAUGGGAGCUUAGAUUCUUAUCUGUUCAAAGGUAAGGGCCUAUUAACAUGGGAAGUAAGAUAUAAGAUUGCUAGAGGCUUGGCUUCAGCAUUGUUAUAUUUACAUGAAGAGUGGGACCACUGUGUGCUUCAUAGGGACAUCAAACCCAGCAAUGUUAUGUUGGAUUCUAAUUUCAAUGCGAAGCUCGGAGAUUUCGGGUUAGCGAGACUAAUGGACCACGGGACAAGUUCGAAAACAACGGAUUUAGCAGGAACAUUGGGAUAUCUAGCUCCUGAAGCUGCAACUAGAGGGAAGGCUAGUAAAGAAUCCGAUGUAUUCAGUUUUGGAGUAGUUAUUUUGGAGAUAGCAUGCGGAAGAAAAGUGAUUGAACAAAAUAAAAUUGAAAAUCAGAUAUACUUGGUGGAUUGGGUUUGGGAACUGUAUGGCACAGGUAUUGUUCUAGAAGCAGGUGAUCCAAGAUUGUAUGGUGUGUUUGAUAAAGAAGAGAUGGAGAGGUUAAUGAUUGUUGGCCUUUGGUGUACUCACUCUAAUUACGUUAUGAGGCCCAAGAUUAGUGAAGCUGCUCGUGUGCUUAACCAUGAAGCUGCAUUGCCCACUCUGUCAUCUCAAGAACAUGAUGGCUCUAUGUUGCUCUCAAGGAUUCCUGCUUUUUCUGGGAAUAACCAAACACAGCCUUCUACUUCAAGUAGCUCUGUCACUGCUGGAUCUUCACAAUCGGGCAGUGCAACUUCACAACUCAUUUCUCCAUCGUCUAAGAUAUUGCACACACGCUAAUUAUGUUGAAAUUCAUGUACUAAUCUAACUAAAUUCUAAUGUGUUUCUCUCCUUCUUGUACUUUUCACAGAUGAUAUAUGCAUUAUUGUGUGUGAUG